AUGGUGGCGAGCGCGCGGGUGCAGAAGCUGGUGCGGCGCUACAAGCUGGCCAUCGCCACGGCGCUCGCCAUCCUGCUGCUGCAGGGCCUGGUGGUGUGGAGCUUCAGCGGCCUGGAGGAGGACGAGCCGGGCGAGAAAGGACGACAGAGGAAGCCACGGCCCCUGGACCCCGGCGAGGGCUCCAAGGACACAGACAGCUCGGCCGGGCGGCGGGGCAGCGCCGGCAGAAGGCAUGGGCGCUGGCGGGGCCGUGCCGAGAGCCCAGGUGUGCCCGUGGCCAAAGUGGUGCGGGCAGUGACCAGCCGGCACAGAGCUAGCCGGCGGGUCCCUCCCGCCCCACCCCCGGAGGCCCCCGGCCGCCAGAAUCUGAGCGGGGCGGCCGCCGGGGAGGCGCUGGCCGGGGCAGCCGGCUUCCCCCCGCAUGGAGACACGGGGAGCGUGGAGGGCGCCCCCCAGCCCACAGACAAUGGCUUCACCCCGAAGUGCGAGAUUUUGGGCAAGGACGCGCUGUCCGCACUGGCCCGGGCCAGCUCCAAGCAGUGCCAGCAAGAGAUCGCCAAUGUGGUGUGCCAGCACCAGGCCGGGAGCCUCAUGCCCAAGGUUGUGCCCCGGCACUGCCCACUGGCUGGGAAGGUGAACCCCGGCGUGCAGUGGGAGGAGACCCGGGCCCAGCAGCCCGCGCAGGGCCCCCCGGUGCGCAUCGCCUACAUGCUGGUGGUCCACGGCCGCGCCAUCCGCCAGCUGAAGCGCCUCCUCAAGGCCGUCUACCACGAGCGGCACUUCUUUUACAUCCACGUGGACAAGCGCUCCAACUACCUGCACCGGGAGGUGGUGGAGCUGGCCCGGCGGUAUGACAACAUUCGCGUGACGCCCUGGCGCAUGGUCACCAUCUGGGGCGGGGCCAGCCUGCUGAGGAUGUAUCUGCGGAGCAUGCAGGACCUGCUGGAGGUGCCCGGCUGGGCCUGGGACUUCUUCAUCAACCUCAGUGCCACCGACUACCCAACAAGGACCAACGAGGAGCUGGUGGCUUUCCUGUCCAAGAACCGGGACAAGAAUUUCCUCAAGUCACAUGGCAGGGACAACUCCAGGUUCAUCAAGAAGCAGGGCCUGGACCGGCUCUUCCACGAGUGCGACUCGCACAUGUGGCGCCUGGGCGAGCGGCAGAUCCCAGCGGGCAUCGUGGUGGACGGCGGCUCCGACUGGUUCGUGCUGACGCGUGGUUUCGUGGAGUACGUGGUGUACACGGACGACCCGCUGGUGGCCCAGCUGCGCCAGUUCUACACCUACACGCUGCUCCCUGCCGAGUCCUUCUUCCACACGGUGCUGGAGAACAGCCCGGCCUGUGAGAGCCUCGUGGACAACAACCUGCGGGUCACCAACUGGAACCGCAAGCUGGGCUGCAAGUGCCAGUACAAGCACAUCGUGGACUGGUGCGGCUGCUCCCCCAACGACUUCAAGCCCCAGGACUUCCUCCGGCUGCAGCAAGUCUCUAGGCCCACCUUCUUCGCCCGGAAGUUUGAGUCCACUGUGAACCAGGAGGUCCUGGAAAUUCUGGACUUCCACCUGUAUGGCAGCUACCCGCCUGGCACGCCGGCCCUCAAGGCCUACUGGGAGAACGUCUAUGACGUGGCCGAUGGCCCCAGUGGGCUCAGUGACGUCAUGCUCACCGCUUACACCGCCUUUGUCCGCCUCGGCCUACGCCAUGCCGUCACUACUGCUCCGGCGCCAGCCACCCCUCUCUGCAGGUUUGAGCCCAGGGGCUUGCCGUCCAGCGUGCACCUGUAUUUCUAUGACGACCAUUUCCAGGGCUACCUGGUGACGCAGGAGGUGCAGUCCUCAGUCGAGGGGCCGGCAGAGACGCUUGAGAUGUGGCUGAGGCCCCAGGGGUCGCUGAAGCUGUUGGGCCGCAGUGACCAGGCCAGCCGGCUCCAGAGUUUGGAGGUUGGCACCGAGUGGGACCCUAAAGAGCGUCUUUUCCGGAACUUUGGGGGGCUGCUGGGACCAUUGGAUGAGCCUGUGGCCAUGCAGCGCUGGGCCCGGGGCCCCAACCUCACGGCCACCGUGGUGUGGAUCGACCCCACCUACGUGGUGGCCACGUCUUACGACCUCGUGGUGGAUGCAGAGACCGAGGUCACUCAGUACAAGCCCCCGCUGAGCCGGCCCCUGCGGCCAGGGGCCUGGACGGUUCGACUGCUUCAGUUUUGGGAACCCCUGGGGGAGACCCGCUUCCUCGUGCUGCCCUUGACCUUCAACCGCAAACUACCUCUCAGGAAAGAUGAAGCCAGCUGGCUGCAUGCCGGGCCCCCCCACAACGAGUACAUGGAGCAGAGUUUCCAGGGCCUGAGUGGCAUCCUGAGCCUGCCUCAGCCAGAGCCUGCUGAGGAGGCCGCCCGGCGGCACGCCUUGCUCACAGGCCCGGCGCUCGAGGCCUGGACAGAUGGGGAACUGAGCGGCUUCUGGUCUGUGGCUGGACUUUGUGCCACGGGCCCCUCUGCCUGCCCCUCCUUGGAGCUCUGCAGACUGACCAGCUGGAGCUCCCUGUUCCCCGACCCCAAAUCGGAGCUGGGGCCUGUCAAAGCAGACGGGCGACUCAGGUAG